AAAGAACAGCGCGCUGAAGGACACUUCUUUUCAAGAGCCCUAGCUCUAGUCUUCUUAUCUGUAGAAUAAAAAUAUUCUAGGAUAAGGAAUGGCCAGCUCUGAAUUUACAUAUAAACUGACUGAUGAGGACAUAAAAAAUCUGAUACGGCUGCGGACCACAAACGCGUUGCUGUUUACCAGGAAAAGAAAUGCAGCCAAGGCAGCUUGGAGCGCAAUUAUUAGGGAGUUGGGUUUGGACGACAAAGUAACAGUUGAACAGAUUGCCAAGAAAUGGGAAAACCUAAAGCUAAAAUACAAGGAAAUAAAAUAUCCUCCUCCUGGAAUGGAGGCCGUCGCAAGGUCCUCUCAAUGGAGAUGGUUUAAACUCCUGGACGAAGCAUUAAAGGAUGAGUUUACUCCCGAUGACAGCUUUCACUCAAUGACAUCAUCAGCAGGCGACGAAGACUGUGGCCCACAGGCCAGCAAGAGGAUAUGCCAGGUGAAAGUAGGAAGUGAUGUAUUAGAACUUCUGGUGGAUGAUGACAGUAUAACACGGGUUGGGGAUUCUGGACCAACCGUGCUGAGUCAGGAGAGGCUGCUGGGUGAGGAGAACCCUACGAUGCUGUCAGGCCUGGACAUUGAGCGGGCCAGAUUAGCCCAAGAACGACAGCUUCUCGAGAAGGAGCUUGAAGAGCUGGACAGAGAAAGACUGGUAUUAGACAGAGAGAAGGAUCUGGCAGACCGGGAGAAGCUGGCGCUCCAGAGAGACCGGGCGCAGUUGGAGAAGGACAGAGCCGCGGUGGACAGAGACAGAGCGUCGCUGGAACAGGACAGAGCCCGGCUGGAGAAAGACAGGGCAGCAUUAGAGAGGGACAAGGCGGCACUUGUGAGAGACAGAGAGACUCUGAAAGCAGAGAACCAAGCAAAAAACUCUACAGAAUGCAGUCUAGACACUCCACAUGAGAAGAACAGAGAGAAACUAAUUCUUUUGUUUGAGAGACUGGUUGAAAAGUUUUGAGAUUACAACAGUCUGGUGUUAUUUUGUUAUCAGAGGUUAAACUGGGUAAUUUUUUUCCACUAUAGUUCCAGGGUUUUUUCUUCUUCAUUUUUUUUCCAUUUUCUUCCACAUAAGCAGUUUAAAGUCAGAUUUUAAGAUUUAUAAAUGUUCCAAACCUCUUUUGGGUCGAUUUCCCAAGCAAAGAUCAAGCCUAGUAUUUGACUAUAAAGUAAUAUUCAAGCAACAAUGAUUUACAUCUUUUUUUUUUUUUGCGAACUGGCCCAUUGUAAUAAUAUCUGACAUUAUUCACCAACGUGUUUGCAUUGUGUUGCUACUUGUAGAUUUCAUUCCAGGGAUAUCAGCUGUUUAAAAUUCUGACUGUCAGAUUAUGUACAUGUAUUUGUACUUGAAUGGAAAUAUUCCUUGCUGAUUGUUUGUUCAUCCUUUGUUCAUCCUUUGUUAAAGGAAAAUAUCAAAAGCCUUAUUGUAAAUAUGGAAGAAAGUACAGUGUUUGGAAUAAAUCAGUUGUAUGUUCUUAAAUCCCGGUUUGGCUCAUUGUGCCUGCUGUUUUUAUGACCAGGGCUGCUUAUCAUAAAAGCGGUUUAGAGCCAGCAAGCAGAAGAUGUAAACUGUGGAUGUGAUGAUAAAAUAUUUCUCUGGUACAUUAGGUGUACACUGUGUAUCAUACUUGCAAAUGGGAUUGGUAAACCAAAUAACCAGGGGUUUUCAAAUCCAGUCCUGAAGAGCUUGAUAAUUAACUGGUUGAUCUGUUCAUACAGUUACUAAUUAAAUAAUC